GGAGAGACUGGGGAGUUCAGUGACAGUGAGGGAGAAUCAGUGAUCCAGAAGCCACUGCACCAUGAGCAUCUCUGCACUCAGUCCCACCAGAUUCCCAGGUGGCAUCUCUGGGCUCCUCCAGGUGGCCUCCCUGCUUGGCCUGAUUCUGCUACUCUUCAAGGCAGCCCAGCUCUACUUGCACAGACAAUGGCUGCUCAAAGCUGUCCAGCAGUUCCCAUGUCCACCCUCCCACUGGCUCUUCGGGCACAAAAAGGAGUUCCAAAAGGAUCAGGAGCUCCAACAAGUUUUAAAAUGGGCAGAGAAAUUCCCAAGUGCCUGUCCUCGCUGGUUGGCUGGGAGUAGGCUUUCUGUUCUGGUCUACGAUCCUGACUACAUGAAGGUGAUUCUGGGGAGAUCAGACCCAAAAGCUCAUGGUAUCUACAAAUUUGUAUCUCCCUGGAUUGGCUAUGGAUUGCUCCUGUUGAAUGGGCCAACGUGGUUCCAGCACCGGUGGAUGUUGACCUCAGCUUUUCACUUUGACAUCCUGAAGCCUUAUGUGGCUGUCAUAGCCAACUCUGUCCAAGUCAUGCUGGACAGAUGGGAGCAGCUCAUCAGUCAGGACUCCCCUCUGGAGAUCUUUCAACAUGUUUCCUUGAUGACACUGGACUCGAUCAUGAAGUGCGCCUUCAGCCACAAGAGCUGUGCCCAAUUAGACAGGAAUUCUCGCUCCUACAUCCAAGCCAUUGAAGACCUAAAAGAUCUGAGUUUUUCCCGGAUUAGGAGCGUUUUUCAACAGAGUGACAUCAUCUACAGUUUGUCUUCAAAUGGCCAAUUGUUCAAACAAGCCUGCAAGCUUGCCCAUGAGCACACAGACCGAGUGAUCAAGCAGAGGAAGUCUCAGCUGCAGAAUGAGAGAGAGCUAGAGAAGAUCAAGAGAAAGAGGCGCUUGGAUUUCUUGGAUAUCCUCCUGUUCGCCAAAAUGGAUGAUGGAAAUGGCUUCUCUAAUAAGGAUCUGCGUGCUGAAGUGGACACAUUCAUGUUUGAGGGCCAUGAUACCACAGCCAGUGGUAUCUCCUGGAUCCUCUAUGCUCUAGCUGCACACCCUGAGCAUCAACAGAAGUGCAGGGAGGAGGUCCAGACUAUCCUGGGGGAUGAAGCCUCUAUCACUUGGGAACACCUGGACCAGAUGCCCUAUAUGACCAUGUGCAUCAAGGAGGCCUUGCGGCUCUAUCCACCUGUACCAAGUGUGAGCAGAGAGCUUAGCAAACCUGUCACCUUCCCUGAUGGACGCUCCUUACCCAAAGGUAUCAUCGUCUCACUUUCCAUUUAUACCCUUCACCACAGUCCAAAGGUGUGGCCAAACCCAGAGGUGUUUGACCCUUCUCGGUUUGCAGUGGAUUCUACCCAACACAGCCACUCAUUCCUGCCCUUCUCAGGAGGAUCAAGGAACUGCAUUGGUAAACAAUUUGCCAUGAAUGAGAUGAAGGUAGCUGUGGCCCUGACCCUGCUCCGCUUUGAGCUGCUGCCAGACCCCACCAGGAUCCCACUGCCUAUGGCACGAAUUGUGUUGAAGUCCAAGAAUGGGAUCUACCUGCAUCUCAGGAAGCUGAAAUGAAAUACUCUUGGUGGGGACGAGGACAGCUCUGAGAGUCUCCUGCCUGACAUCCCAUUUCCCUGUCCCUGUUCCAAUCCAUUCCUCCACAUCCUUCCUUCUAUCCUCCCACUGUCUUACCAGCCUGCCCUUGUGCUUCCCAUCUUCCUGGAGGUCUGCUUUUAACUCUCCUAUCUUCUCCAUCUGCUUGUCUGUCUACAUGUCUCCCAUCUGCCUGCAUCUCUGUCCAUCUAACCCCUGAUUAUUUGCCUUCUCUUUAAGAGCCUGACCCUCUAAAUUUCUUUUUCCUUUCUGCUGCUUGACUGUCCUUAUAUGAGCUUCCAAAUGCUGGUAUAACAAAUUAGAAAAAAAUCAUAGUGGCUUUAAGGGACAAAAAUCUCCUCUAUAGUUUUCAUGAUCAGAAUUAUAAUAUGUGUUUUACUGAGAUACAUCCAAAGUAAUUGCAGGGCCAUGCUACCUCCACAGCUGUUGGUGUGCCUUCACUUUCCUUUUCCAUCAUGCAAAGCUGCAUUCCUGGGCUUGGAGACCUUUCCUCAAUAUUCAAAUUCUACAGCAUCUUCAAAUCUCUCUAUGUCUUCUCCCAUCACUUAUCUAUUAAUAAAGAUCUUUGUGAUCACAUUGUACCCACUGCAAUAAUACGUAUGAUAAGAACAUAUUCAUAGUUGUCCUGUGAUUAGGAUCUCUAUAUCUUGGGAUGCCAUUAUUCAGCCUAUCCAUUCUCCCACCCAGAUUGUCACCCAAUCUCUCCAUUUAAAUCUCUCCUCCAUGGUCUCUGGCUACCUGAUUAUAUCUCAUUUAAAUGUCUCUAUCUCCCCCUUCCCUGUAAUAAAGUUUCCAAUGUCA